AAUAUUGUAAUGCUUAUGCAUAUCAAUAUAUGGUAAAAAAAGGCAUUAUUGCUCCAGACAAACAAAUAGUUUUACAAGAAGCAAGAAUUUCUUGGAAAACUAUCAAAGUUCAAGAUCAAGAUAUAAUUCUACAACAAAUACAAGAAUAUCUUGUAUCAUAA